CCCAAAUAUCAUUCGUUCAUAUCCGUCGUGACCUUGGUCGUGUGUGCCGGGCAUGCCAUCUUCUUAACCGCCCAGUAGUAUAGUAGUAUAGUUAGUUUAUACCUACCGUACCCAUACCUAUUAACCAGUGUCCGUCUAUUGCGCGACGUUUAAGUUCAACACCUGCACGCUUUUGUCAGUCGUCGGUCAUGGCCAGAUGCUGAACCUUACCAAACUAUAAUUUAUUGGAAUUUACAUAACGUGAUCAAUUUAAAUUUAAAAUGAAAGUAGCGCUAACUGUUUUAGCGCUCAUGACUACCUUGGAGCUGGUACAAGGCGUACCGGUUUAUGGUCCUCCGCAACCGUUGCCAACUCCACACAAGUACAGGUCUCCAAAUGGUGCACCCAUCCCGGCCAAGUAUCCUCCUCAUCCUAGUGGUCAUUCAGGAAAAAAUGAAUUCUAUUCGAAAUUUAAUCCUCAUUCACUACCACCAGGCUUACGUGGACCCGCACCCCAAUUGCCACCACCUUUUGCUAAAUAUCCUCAUCUGCCACCACCCGGCAAACAUCAACAACAGUACCAACAACAAAACCAACACCAACAUCAACAGCAACAGCAACAGCAACAUCAUCAUCAUCAACAACAACAGCAACAGCAACAGCAACAUCAACAACAACCACAUCACUCACCUAACAGCUUGAGACCAGUAGGACCACAGUUCCAGUCGAAACCACACUUGCUGCAGAACGGCGCUCCUCAUCAUUCUCCUCAACAGGGCCAAGUUAAUAGCGGCCCUGAACAACGGGUACAAUUAGUACCAGCACGGCCUUCUCCUAAGAUAACCAACGUCUGGACGGGACCCAAAUUAUCUGGAUCACCCGAUUUUCCACCGCGUUUCCCCGAUGUCACCAACUCCCCAGCAUCGGUGACUACAGCCCCAUUUCUGGAAAAACCCAGUGGACCUUACAUAAUCAAUAGCGACGACGAGAGGGGUCCUAUCAAGACUAUACCGGCACCGAACCUGAACCCAGCAGACAAACCAGCCAACUUCGAAGAACAAUUGUACAGGGCACAACACCAACAAUCGUACGUUCAACCUUUGGACAAUUCGAUAACCGACGAAAAACCCUCGUACCAGGUAACCGAAGUGCCGAGUGGUUACAAACAAUUUAACAGCCAACCGUCGUACUUCGCCCAGGACCUAGGAAUCUCAUCAUCUGUCAAGGUUCCGCCCAACACAGACUCUAACUCAAUACCAACCGUUCCACUGGACAUCGCUCUGCAACAACACUUGGAAAAUCAACAUCAUCAACAGCUGUCAGCCGAGCAUAUCGGAUCCUCUGAUACGUUGACGCCACAAGAGCUGUACUCACUGUUGAACAGUAACCAGGCCGCUGCCGUGGUACCACAGGCCACAUACAUGGUACCGCAAACUGUCAUGUACGCUGUACCGCAACAACAGUCGCUGGACCCGCAAGCCGGCCACCAGAUCCAGUACCAGGCGCAGCCAGUCCAACUACAGUACGCACAACAGCCUACAGCCACAGGUGUCCAGUUACAGUAUGUGCAACCGGCCACCACAGAUCUCCAGUACUUGCAGCCACAAACGGUCCAAUACCAGCCACAAGCUGUCCAAUAUCAACCACAAUCCAUCCAAUACCAGGCUCAAUCCGACCACUUGCAGCAGCCGUAUCAACAACAAUCAGCGGAACAGUAUAGCGCGCAGACUGCCGCUGCUGAAAUAUCAGCGCAAAAGCAACAACAGCAACAGGAGCUUAUACAACAGCAACAAGAAGAGCAACAGCAACAACAGGAGCAGCAGCAGUAUUCGCAACAGCAACAACAGGUCCAGUUACAACAACAGCAACGUGCGCAGCUAAAACAACAGCAACAGGAGGAGCAACAGCAGCAGCAGCAGUUACAGCAACAGCAGCAGCAGCAGUUACAGCAACAGCAGCUGGAUAACGACGUUCAGUACCAGCAGGAACAGGAUGACUACGAGCCCAGGAACAGCGAAAAGGGAUCAGCAGAACAAUCGCCCGCAGCAGUGCCGGAGGACGAUGAACACGAUCAGAGGAAGUUGCAGAGCAUCCGAGACCAGUAUUACUCAGCCGUCCCCAACGAACAGACAGCUAGCGUUCUGGCGCAGAUCGCCCAGUCGGCAGCCAACAACGAUGAGUCGAGUCAAGUAGUGGAUGCGGUGAAACCCGCGGAAAAGUCACCAACCGAUCAGUCGGUACAGAUGCACACUUCGGUACAGAUUCAACAGUCGGUGCCACUUUACGAGGGCACGUACGCGUCGUCGAGGCGCACCAACCAGGAGUAUGCGGACGAGGGCGGUGAGACCGACGAGCUGAUGGAAGGCAGUGAAUCGGUGGCCGUCUCGGAGUCGUCGUCGUCCUCGGUCAACGGACACGCUCCCAAUCAGUUCCCGUAUAGUGCGGCCAAGAUAAAUGGAUUCGCCGCCAACUAGUCCUAGAUAGCUAUAUACUGCAGUUUUCUCCGUCAGGAUAUGAACAACGCGACUUCAAUAUUUGAACUAGCUCAGAUAUUGUAACAGCUAUUAUUAUCUCUAAAAGCGACACUAUAUUAUUUUAUAGUUGAUAUUUUUUAUUUACUAAUUUAUUUUUUGAAGACAAAACAUCGAUGUCCGUCGUCAUAUUGGAUCGUAGUGAAAUUUAUUUGUUGUUUGUACCUACUUAUUUUUGUUUUAACUCAUGAUCGAAACGGAUGGCAGAUAAGCGGAUUUGUCGCACGCGCAGACACCCUAAAUUAUUUAUUUAUAUUUUAUAUUAUUUUUAUUUUUAUACGUUUAGUUUAGUUAAAUUAAUGCUAUUUUUUUAAGACUCAGAUACGGGAACAAUUGCUCAAAUUUGAAAUUAUGACCCACAAGUCAUGGCCACGUGGCAUUUUUCUCGACAAUAACGGGCUCAAUAUUUUGUAGAUCGACUUGAACAUGAGUUACAAUAUGCAGGGUUGGGCAUAAUACUCAAAAAAAAAGAAUCAUGAUACAUGCAUUUAGUGUAUGUAUCUAGAAUCUAGAUACAAGAUACAAGAUACACGGUACUCCCUAUUUUAUAUUUCCAAUUUAAUUGUAUUAACUAUAAAACGUCUAGGUAUACACUAUACUGUCUAUACAAUAUACAAUAUCAAUACUUAUAAAGUCAUAAAAUAUGAUACAAAAAGUCAAUACACAUUAUAAAUGUGUAACUAAUACAUAACUAAUUACUCUUCAUAUCAUAAUUAAUACAAUACUACGUUAUACCUACGUAUAGGUACGUUAAUAUACAUAAUAUAGCUAAUAUACCAAAAUUAAUAAAUUACAUCUUAAUUUUUACUUAUAAAUGCGUUAAUGUGCUAUACGGUAAAGAUUAAUAUAUCUAUAAAUUAAAUUUGUUAUAGUUAGUUUAGUUAGCUUAUCUGUACUUUUGAUUUUAUUUUCUAUUUUAUGUGGAAUGGCCCUACAUGAUUUUACUCAUAUCUAGGUAACAGAUUCAUAUUUUAUGAGACCGAAAAUUCCAGUUUAGUUCUUAUCUAUAUGACUCAAUGACUGUAAGAGUAGAUAGGUAUUAUACUGAAAAGUUAGUAUACGGCCAUUUAAUUUUUUUCAAAUUAUAUAAGUUCUUACAUUGUUAAAUUAUUUUAAGUUUCGAGUGUCUUGCAAAUCGAAAUCAAAUUUCUUGGAACUGUUCAGUAUAGUUGUUUACAAUAAUAUUAUAUUGUAUUUCUUGUCAAAGUAAAAUACAUAAUACUAGUAUAAAAUAUAUCACGAUACAUGAUACUUGAUACAUUUGUAUCUUUGAUACUGCCCAACCGUGGUUACAUGGACAACCCAUAUACCUACUUAAUAAGUUAAAUUUGUGCAAAAAACAGUUAUGCCUAAACAUAUACCUAUACCUACGUUAGCCGUACCACAGCAGCUCUCAAUACUAAUUUCAGUAUAGGUAACGACAUACAUAAAAAACUCAUGACAUAUUUAAGUUAACUUGAUAUUUAUUUUAUGUAAAUGUAGAAUAUUAGUUAUAAGAAUAAAAUACACAAUUCAAACAAAUUUAAUCAGAAGACAUGUAAACAUUUUGGAAUUGUUCGUAAAACUUAAUAAAGAUUUACAAGAUUACGCU